CCACCGACCCACCGGAUCUCUGCUUCCAUAUGACCGGGCUUUUAUUCACAGCGGGGCUCAUACACAUGCUGCAGCACUCCCUCUGUGGAAUAAGCAGCCGCUGGACCCAGACAGACAGACAGGCAGGCCGACAGACAGAUAGACACAGAGAGAGAGAGAGAGAGAGACAGAGAGAGAGAGAGAGAGAGAGAGAGAGAAGAGAGAGAGAGAGCGCAAAUGAAAGAGUGUUAUCAGAGGGAGAGGGGAGCGCACACUCAGGAGGGCUUUUUAAAUGUCUCUUUUUAUGCUUCUUGGAUCAUAAUCACUUGAGAACUUUGUAAGCAUGCACCUUCUGGGAAUAUCUGUUCUCCUGGCAUACCUCCUCUACGCCAACCUCGCCAGCGACUUCAGCCACAACGACUAUUAUGAUUACUACGAGCAGGAGCAGAUGGACGAGCCGGACUCGCCACUAAAGCCAGGCAUGGAGCAGAAGUUGCGUUCAGCCUCUAGUGUUGAUGAACUGAUGAGUCUCAUCUAUCCUUCAUACUGGGCAGCUCUGAAAUGCAAAUCUAAACUCUCUGCUGCCGCUGCCUCCUCAGCCUCCAGGCUCUCUCAGUUGCCAAAGCCUCGCCGACUGCGGCCACAGGCUGAUACAGAGGAGCAAAUGUUUGCUGCUGCCUAUCUCAACUUGGAUGUGCUGAAAAGUAUAGAGGUGGAAUGGAGGAAGACUCAGUGCAUGCCCAGGGAAGUGUGUGUCGAUGUGGGCAGGGAAUUCGGGGCUCCUACCAACAUCUUCUAUAAACCACCAUGUGUGUCGGUCUACAGAUGUGGAGGGUGCUGCCACUCUGAAGACAAACAAUGCAGAAAUAUCUCCACAGGUUACCUCAGCAAAACUCUCUUUGAGAUAACAGUGCCGAUCACCCAAGGCACCAAGCCAGUGACCAUCAGUGUGGCCAAUCACACCCAUUGCAGCUGUCUGUCCAAACUGGACGUCUACAAGCAGGUUCACAGCAUCAUCAGGAGAGCCCUGUCUGAGUGUCCAGUAGCCAACAGAACGUGUCCUCCUGGCCAGACUUGGAGCAGCAGGCAGUGUCGGUGUUUCAGCAUGACCGCUAAUGUGCACCUCAACUCCCCUCCUCCACCACUGCACCCUCCAAGACCCUCCCAACAGCACCUUGACAUAUUCUCAGCAGAUGUGUGUGGACCAGAUAAGGAGCUGGACGUGGAAUCCUGCCAGUGUGUGUGUCAACAUGGGCUUCACACUAAAGACUGUGGCUCUAACCGACACCUCGACCUCAACACCUGCCAGUGUGUUUGCAACAUCAUGCCUACUCCCUCCUGCCCACAGAACCACAUCUUCAACAAGGAGAACUGUCAGUGCAUGUGUAGCAAAACAUGCCCAAGACACCAGCCCCUCAAUAAAACAAAGUGUUCCUGCGAAUGUAACGAGUCACCAAAUAAGUGUUUCUUAAAAGGAAGGAGGUUUCACCAAGCCACAUGCAGUUGUCUCAGGCCUCCCUGCGAGGUGAGGCGGCGAAGGUGUGAACCAGGUUUCUCAUUCAGUGAGGAAGUGUGUCGCUGCAUACCAUCCCACUGGAGACGGCUGGACUAACCACUGGCUAAUGACAUGCUAACAUGAUGCUAAUGAACAGAUAACAAACUUAGGAAGUAGAAUUCAUCAGCCAUCCCUUGUUGACCUGCUGGCUAUGAGUAUCCCACUCAGCUGUGAUGGAGGCUAAGUGUGUGGACCCUGAUGAACAUGGGGAAACCUUAGUGAUGAAGAUGCAGGUAUGGGUUCCCUCUAGGGAACUGAAGAUGGGAAAUGCGCUGACUCAGCUUUGAGGACAUUUUAUUGGGACAGCAGAUGAUUGGAGCCCAGAAACAGAAAGAAGGACUGAAAGUGAGAGAGAGCAGCAACAUUUGACCUGUUAAAAUAUUGUCUAAAUAAUUUGUUUUAAAAUAUUUGAGCUUUUUUGUAUUAAUUAUGUCUCGGUAUUGUUAUGUCAGAUAUUGAUUAUAUAAUUUAUUAAAUGUUUUUAAACCUC